CUGUACUCCCCGGACAUCAACACCCAGGACGUGUCCGGCUACGUGGGCGAUUGGAAGCAAGUGGCUCGGAUCGGCAGCAACCAGCACUGCACCAACCGCGAGCUGGAAGUGUUCGGCGUGGCGUUGAUCAGCGGGCAGAAGCUGGAAGAGCUAUGCCUCAACACCUGCAACCACCAGCUCACCAUCAACAGAGAAGGCUUCAUGGUGCAGUGGCUCAACCCCGGUGGCGGCCGCAGGGUCCCCAACGACAGGAGCCUCUACCGCCGCCUCAACGACGUCUUCGACUUGUCUAGGUACGGCGUCCAGGUCCCCAUCCCGGUCCAGACGUUGUGGGACCGAUUCGAGCUCGCCAUUUGGAAGCUGAUCAUUGCUAGGGGCGCGGGCACCCCGCAGAUGAAGAAGGAGCUGGAGGAGAAGGAGAAGGAGAGCCAGAAGGAAAACACCUAA